AGAAAGAGACUCCUCACGGGUUCGGUUUCAAGCCUCAACCCCCAUCAUCCCCCGUGCCCUCACAUCCACCCGAUCCGAAACAGAGGCACGGUGCCCGCGAAUCUAAAUCUCCGCUUCCCUCCCAGCUUUCUUCAAUUCCUCCCGCCCAUCUCCGAUUCGCGAUCCCCACCCUCCCGCCUUUCCGAACCCCAAUUUACUCAACUAAUCCGGCGACGCUGUCCCACUACCUCUCACGGAGACGCACCGCCAUGCCCGCAACCAAGAAUAAGAGGAAUGAACAAUGCAGCAUUGAAUGUGUAUUUGAAAAAAUGCCUAAUGAGCUUGAAGGACCAGUUGAAUUUGAUCUUCCAUGCUGGCUGAAGAAAUGGAAGCCUACACAGUACAUAAAUAUAAAGCGCAAUGUCUACCUUACUAAGAGACGCAUUGAGGAUGAUGGCAUUUUCUGCUUGUGUAACCCCUUAUUGGAAGCAUCAACUGUCUGUGAUGGAGAUUGCCAUUGCGGGAUGCUAUUUUCUACCUGUUCAUCUAGUUGCAAAUGUGGCAAUAAGUGUGUCAACAAACCUUUUCAGCACAGAGCCCUGAGGAAAGUGAAAGUAGUGAAGACACAGAGAUGUGGGUUUGGGUUGGUGGCUGAUGAAGAUAUAAAACAAGGGGAUUUUGUAAUGGAGUACGUGGGAGAAGUUAUUGAUGACAAAACCUGCGAGGAAAGACUCUGGAAAAUGAAGCACCGUGGGGACACCAACUUCUAUUUGUGCGAGGUUAAUCAUGAUAUGGUGAUUGAUGCCACAUACAAAGGAAACAGAUCGAGAUUUAUAAAUCAUAGUUGCGAGCCAAAUACUGAGAUGCAGAAAUGGCGAGUUGAUGGGGAAACUAGAGUUGGCAUUUUCACCCUUCGUAACAUACGAAGAGGCGAGGAACUGACCUAUGACUACAAGUUUGUUCAAUUUGGAGCAGAUCAAGUUUGUUAUUGUGGUUCUCUAAGCUGCAGGCAAAAGCUAGGAAACAAGCGCAGAAGUUCAAAUCAUGUGGUUCUUUGCAAAAGGAAGACCCAUUUACAAAACUGUGUUGGGGAACUUGUACGUGUGUGGCGUCCACAGGAUAAUAGGUACUAUGGAGGAUUCAUAUCUGAUUUUAAUAACUACUCUGGAAUGCACACCAUAAUAUAUGAGGAUGAAAAAGUAGACAUUCUUGAUAUGUCAAAAGAAGAUUGGGACUUCCUAUGAUUAUAACAUGCACUCAUGAGCUCCUCUUGUUGCAAUAAGAAUUGUAUACAAUACCCUGCAGAAGUUUCGGUGGUGCUUCAGAGUACUUACAGCUCAUUUUCUUCAUUAUUUUCCUAUCAAAAUUAAAAUACUUUAGACUGAUUUUCAGAUGAAUAGUGAGGGUCUCCAAUUAAUUGUAGCAAUGAGGCGUUCAAAUAUGUUUCAUCUUGUGCGGUUUCCAUAAUAUUCUGAGAUAUUUCAGUUACUAUUUUUUAACGAUAUUCUGAGCUGAUGUGCAGCUCGAAAUAUUCCUAUGGGUAGUUAUCAAUGGAGAGCCAUGUAAUCUGUAAGUUAUUAUCAAAAAGGAUAGAAGGCAACUUAUUUCUUGUAACUGUCAGGAUUUGUUUCCUUCAUUUAUAUUUGAUCUAUGUUUUUGAUGUUUA